AGAAAUAAUUAAAGGUGCAAAUUCCAGACAAAUUAUCUUUUUGAAGACUAGGCAGCAUGGUCUCCGACCUUAGCCUGUUCCAAACGGAACAAACGUACUAAAAAAAAAAAAAAAAAUUAAAGGUGCAAUUUGUAGUUUUUAGCAAUUUAUUAAUGAAAUUAUAUUUAUUUUUGUAGAUAGCUAUUUAUUGGAUUUUUUUUUGUUAUCGAAGUUAAUGUAAUAAUGAUAACUGAUGCUUUCUCACAAACAAAUGUUUAUCGAAUCCAAAGGUAUUGAAUUAUUAAAAGUUUGAAAGUGAAGGCGGGAUACAACGGUGUUUAUUUUCUAAAAGUUUAUGAUUACAUAUUAUAACAUUGGACUCAUUCUAAAUUUUCUAAAAUGGAACAAGAAAACAGAGUGAUUUCAUUAAUUGACAUGGAUUGUUUUUAUUGUCAAGUUGAAGAGAAACUUAAUCCAGAACUCCAAGGAAAACCAAUAGCGGUUGUGCAAUAUAAUCCAUGGAAAGGUGGUGGAAUAAUAGCUGUCAAUUAUGUGGCAAGAGCUAUGGGAGUGACUAGGCACAUGAGAGGUGAUGAAGCCAAAGAGAAAUGUCCUGAGAUACAAUUGCCAUCUGUUCCGUGUCUCAGAGGAAAGGCUGAUAUAACUAAGUAUAGAGAGGCUGGGAAGGAAGUAGCUAAAGUUUUACAAAGAUUCACACCACUAUUAGAGAGGGCAUCCAUUGAUGAGGCCUACAUGGAUAUAACCAAACCUGUAGAAGAAAGACUUAAAACUUUAAAUAUUAACACAGUCAAUUCAGAAAUGCUGCCCAAUACUUAUGCCCUUGGCUAUGAUGGUGUGGAUGAGUUUAUAGCAGAUGUUCAUAAUUAUGGAGGGCAGUGUAUGGAGUUUGACUAUGAACACGCAAAGAGGUUACUUGUUGGGUCAGUCAUUGUGAGUGAGAUAAGAGCUGCUGUGUUCAAGGAAACUGGUUACAAAUGUUCAGCGGGUAUAGCCCAUAAUAAGAUACUUGCCAAACUGGUAUGUGGAAUGAAUAAACCUGACAAACAAACUGUAUUACCGAAGCAUUCUAUUAAUAUACUAUACAGGUCUUUAUCUGUAAAGAAAGUAAAACACUUAGGAGGCAAGUUUGGGGAAACAGUUUGUGAAGUGUUGAAAAUUAGUACAAUGGCUGAAUUACAAACGUUUACAGAGAAAAAAUUACAAGAAAAAUUUGAUGAAAAAAAUGGUUCAUGGCUAUAUAAUAUAGCGAGAGGCAUUGAUAUGGAACCUGUCCAAGCAAAAUUCAAUCCAAAGAGUAUUGGAUGUUGCAAGCAAUUGAGGGGUAAAGCUGCAGUAGUCAACUUGGACAGUUUAAAAAAAUGGCUUACAGACCUGGGUGACGAAAUAGACGAUAGAUUGGAAAAAGACUCAUUAGAAAAUAAUAGGACUCCAAAACAGAUGGUUGUAAGUUUUACUACACAGUUGCCUGACGGAAGAGACACUAGCAGCUCAAGAUCGUACAAUUUUGUACCAGAUGAUGAACUAUGCGGUGAACUAUUCUCCAGUAAAGCUUUAGAAUUGAUUAUGGACACUUUGGAAGGCAUAAAACUCAAAGGAGAUGAAAGUAACAGAAAAUUAAAAGGACCGAUAAAAUUCUUAGGGAUUAGUGUAGGUAAAUUUGAAGAUAAUUCAGAGAUUAAGAAAGUUAAAAAAAUCGUUGAUUACUUUGGUGCUGGAUCAUCAAAAGAUAUUGCAAUGCAAACGAAGAAGAAUGGGAAUUCAAAUAAUAUGGAGAAAGGUUCUACAGAUAAUAAAAGUAAAGAUGGAAAGGAAUAUAUUAUAGAUAAAUUUUUUCAAACGUCGAGCAAGAGUACAGAAACUACUGAAAAUUUAUUUACAAAAACGAAAAAAGAAAACAGUCCGGCUACCCAAUCAUUUUUUGCAAAUUUUUUAAAUGGGAAUGUGAACAAACAAUCUACAUGUGUUGAAGCUACAAAACCUGUAAUAUGUACAGACAAAAGUGAAACAGCUCCACCGAUAAUACCUACCUGUGAAAUUACUAAUCACAGGGAAAGUAGCAAUGAUUCUGAUUAUUCAACUUCCACAAUUAAUAAUGAAAUUAAUCAGAGUAUAGCAUUGUUCGAAGAUGACCCUGAUGAUGUUUCUCGCGUGAGUAAUAUGAGACAAUUGUUAAAUAAUUCUGGUAUAAUAGAUGAAAACAGUAAUAAAUCUUAUCCUGACACAGAAAAUAAUUGCAUUCUUGAAUCCAAUACGCCCAAAAAACCGGAACCAUUGGGGACAUUCUGCUGUUCAGAAUGCGGAAAAACUUUGACAAUUGAUAAGUUUGAUAUACAUGCCGAUUAUCAUUUGGCACUCAAGUUGAGAGAUGAAGAACGACAACAAAUACGCAAUUACGCAGAGAGAAAUAAAAAAACAACAAACCAAGAGACUAAAAGAAAAAUCUCUGUAGUUGAAGAAAAUAAAAAUGAAGCUGUUUCGUCUAUAGCUAGCUUUCUAGUAAAAAUUGACGACACUGUUCCGACUGAGAUGUGCUCGGAGUGUGGCAAAAGGAUAUCUGUAGAAAAAAUUGGAGAACACUUAGAUUUCCAUGAAGCACAAAAAUUAAACAGGGAAUUAAAUAGGAAAUCUAAUUCAUGUCACACCAAUGGAAAUAGUUCCAAGAGAAAAAAAUCCCCUCUUUCAAUAGAUAAAAUACCAUUGAAAAAACCGAAAGUACCAUGUAAAUCUAUCGAUUCAUUCUUUAGGUAGCUAUUAAAUGCAAUCAUUUAUACAUAAUGUAUUUUAAAUAUGAAUUAAAUUUUUAUGAUCUUUUGUUAAUGCUUUUCUACUCACCCUCUUGGUAAUAAUUAUAUACCAGAUUGGCCAAAACGAAAACAGCUGAUUCAGAUGAAUGGUCUGAUUGUAAUGACAUAAUUUUCCCACUGGAAAUACAUCACAGCAAUCAACGAUUCUUGUUUCGACGCCGCGCAUUUGCAAUUUUACGAUUCAUACGAUGUAUAAUACGUCGGUAUCGCGCGGUCAGUAGGGCUUCAUCAUAAGUAGUUUCGUACGCUUAUGGUAUUGACUUUAGACAGCUAAUUCCGAGCGUCGCAGUUAGAUUUUAAUAUGUAUGUUACAUUACCGUUUUUUUUUUCUCUAUUUCAUUGUAUGUAUAAGUUAUUAUUUCUUUAUAUUAUGCCAUAAUAUCAUACAUAUUAUUUUAAACGAUAAAUAAAAAACAAAAAUAUUUUUCUGAAUUUUUACUGUUUUCUGUUCAGAAUAAUGAUUUGAAUUUAGUUUCAGUUUUUGUCGAUCUGUCC